AUGGCGGACAUCCAACCCGACCGUAAAGGCAUAUCAUCCGAGCAUGGGCACAUUGACCCAUCCGAGAAGCCCCAGCUUAUGUCGGGUGUCGACGAGGAAACUGCCGUCUACGCAACUGGGCCUCCAGUCGAAAUCGAUGAGGCAACCGAUCGGCAACUGUUCUGGAAGGUCAACAAGAGGAUUCUUCUGUGCAUGGUUGGAACAUACUUCUGCCAAGCGCUUGAUAAGGGAACUCUAGGGUUCAGCUCGAUUAUGGGGAUCCAGGAGGAUGCAGGGCUGAAUAGUAACAAGUACAAUUGGCUCGGAACGAUAUUAUAUAUCGGAGUCGUUGUGGGUGAAUAUCCGACCAACUUCUUGGCUCAAAAAAUGCCAGUCGCAAAGUAUCUUGCUGCCAAUAUAUUUCUCUGGGGUGUGGUCAUCGCAUGCAGUGCAGCUGCCACCAACUUCCCCGGGUUGAUGGUUGUUCGAUUCCUACUGGGAUGUUUUGAAUCCUGCGUCCAGCCUAUCUUUGUUCAAAUGACAUCAAUGUGGUACACGCGCAAGGAACAGCCGAUCUUAACCAGCCUAUGGAACUGCAUGAUGGGGGUCCAAAUGAUGGUAGGAGGCAUCAUGGCUUGGGGCACCGGUCACUACGUCGGCCACGGCAUCAAAUCGUGGCAACUACUCUUUCUGGUCCUCGGCGGUGCGACCUGUGUCUGGGCAAUGUUCCUGGGCUGGUAUCUUCCCGACAGCCCUAUGAAAGCAAAGUGUUUUACUGAAGACGAAAAGCGUUUACUCGUGGAACGGGUCAGGGCCAACGAAACGGGCAUCCAAAACAAGACGUACAAGAAAUAUCAACUGCGAGAAGCCCUCGCUGAUCCUAUUAUCUGGCUCUAUGUCUUGAUGCAGGUGUCCAGCACACUAGUCCUCGGUGGUCUGGGUGUCUUCUCAAACAUCAUCAUUAAAAGCUUCGGAUUCACCACGUUACAGACACAAUUAUUAAACAUUGCGCAGGGUGCUGUUACCAGCGCGGUGAUGGUAGGUGGAGCCUCACUGUCUUCUUGGACGGAUCAAACGAUUUUGAUCAUGCACUUGUGGACGAUUCCUCCUAUUAUCGGCACGGCUAUCAUAUACACCAUCGCACCAACACCUUCAACGCGGGUUGGUCUGUUGAUCGCAUUCUACUGUACUCAGUUCAUCUGGGCCGAAGGAAACCUGCUCUUCUCUCUGAUAUCCCGCAAUGUCGCCGGUCAAACGAAGAAAUCGACCGUGCUUGCCAUGACAUUCAUUGCAUGGGCUGCUGGCAAUGCGACCGCACCACAGAUCUUCCAAUCAUCUGAUGCACCACGGUAUUCGAAGGGCUUCACGGCACACUUCUGUCUCUACGGGGUUAUGAAUGCCACACUUCUUGCCCUGCGACUGCUUCUACAAAUGUACACCCAGCGCUGGAGUACAUUCGCGUUCAUCGGGACUUCAUGA